CGGUCAUUCCACUUCCCUCGACUAGCCUUAGCAUAAACAGCUAGUAGCUACAACGCAAGGGGAAUUGCAAAACUUCGAGUGUUGUUUUAGCCAACGUUUCCCGUCCUAAUAAACCCAAACGUCUGAAUUCAGCACAGAUAUGUCGCACACAAUCCUUUUGGUUCAGCCCACAAAGAGACCCGAAGGCCGGACAUACGCAGACUAUGAGUCUGUGAAUGAAUGCAUGGAAGGUGUGUGCAAAAUGUAUGAAGAGCAUCUGAAGAGGAUGAAUCCAAACAGCCCAUCGAUCACAUAUGAUAUCAGUCAGUUGUUUGACUUCAUUGACGACUUGGCAGACCUCAGCUGUCUCGUUUACAGAGCUGAUACCCAGACAUACCAGCCAUACAACAAAGACUGGAUCAAGGAGAAGAUUUAUGUCCUGCUGAGACGUCAAGCUCAGCAAGCAGGAAAGUAGAGAGAAGUGAUACCGAUAUUGUCCUGCUACACACAUCUGAAAGGAGUGUAUUGUGCAAAACAUUUACAUUGCAAAGACUUUCUGGAGAUCUGUGUAAUAGGACAACAGUGUACUGUAACGGGAGAGGGAUGCCCAUAUUGUAUAUUGUUGAAGGCUUAGGAUGUAAGCGUCUGUGUAAGCUCUCAGUCGUACAGGAGUUGUCCAUCGAGGGAAAGGCUUCUUGAGACGUCAUCUGUACGGUGUCAGACGUUUCGCUCCUCAUCCGAAGAGCUUCGUCAACGCUGACGAAGACAGAAGUACAGAUGACGUCUCAAGAAGCCUUUCCAUCAGGAUGUAAGGCACACUUGUUACCGGAUACAUUUUGAAAAUAGACACCUUUUUAGAAUUUAACGUGCUGUUUCGCAGUCAUUUCUCCUCCCAUUUCUAUGGAAGCUAAUUCAUGUUUGGUUGUAUUUAAUGUUUACUGCUCAAUUGGAUUUUAUUCAUUCAUAUGCAGAUGGAUACAUCUGCAUCCAUCCAUUUUCUGUACCGCUUGGCCUCAUCAGGGUCACUGGUGAGUUGGAGCCUACUUGGUUUUAUGUUAUUCAGACUUCUAGUGGUUAGUUAAAUCAUGAUAAAUUCUGUUUUUGUAAACCAUUUAUUUUACGUUUGUAUGUUAUUUCAGGGAAAUGGCGACAGCCGUUUGUUUUCUAAUAAAGUUUUGGUAUCAAGACUG